GAGGAGCUCACAGCCUGCAAUAAAAAGCGGAUGUUUACGUUAAAAGGAAAAUAUUUCUCAGAGUUAUCCGUCGGUCUGGGAACAGUCUCGAAGGGUAAUACGUUCUAUUGUAAUUUACGCCUCACACUUUCAUUACUCGGAUCCUUUUGUUAUAUUUGGGUAACUGUAAUUCGUUUCCAAAUGACGCGGUAUGUAGGCAGUUGUUUCUUUACUCUGUUCGUUCUGUUCCUUUGGCGGGUCGGAGACAUUGCAGAUGCUUGCAAAUGCUCCCCUCCACAUCCCCAACAGGCUUUUUGCGAUGCAGAAAUCGUGAUCAGGGCGAAGGUGGUUGGAAAGAAAGUGGUGUCUAACGCCAUCAAGUAUGACAUCCAACAGAUCAAGAUGUUCAAAUGCCCUAACCAGGUUAUCCACGCCAUCUUCACUGCAUCAUCCCCAGCCGCAUGCGGGGUGACUCUGGAAAUCAACAAGGAGUAUCUCUUCACAGGUAAGAUGGAGACUGGAAGGAUGUACGUAACGCUGUGUGGCUAUAAUCCACUCUGGGAGGACUUGAGUGCUUCACAAAAGAACAGCUUGACUCGCCGCUACAAAAGCGGCUGCGAUUGCAAGAUCAUCCACUGCACUUCCCUCCCCUGUCCGAUCAGCACCACAGAUGCGUGCCUGUGGAUGGACUGGGGGACUAACAAUAGCCAAAACCUUGCCUGUAUCAAGAGCGAUGGGUCUUGUGCUUGGAAGUAGUUCCUAGAUAUUGAGGACUCCUAUACUCUACAGGCCAUCCGCUCUGUGACUAGAUGACUAAAUUCUAAAAUAAAAAACAAAGCUGCAAAUGGAAUAUGAUUUAAAUUAACCAAAAUGUCUUACUGGCCACUUAUACAAUAAAAGUAAACAAAUCAAA